GGCGGGUUGCUAACAGCGAACUACGACAGCAGACGGCAGAAAUAAGGAGGAGAGGAGAGGAGGAAGGAGAGCGUUACUCUGCCUUUGGGGUAGCGAAUUCCAGGGGGCUCCGCGGGUGGUGUGUGUUCCUUUCUAUGUUGCAUGAACAAACGAAAGAGACGUUUGCGCGUGAUUUCCAGAAACGGCGGAGCACCAGUUUUGAGGCACGAUGAUGGAUUUUUUUUGUGAACCAAUCUACAACCUCUCACAAUUUUGGGACCCCAAUCUGACCUUGUACACAGACAGCCCUGACCUCACAGAAUGUUUCCAGAUGUCCUUAUUGUCAUGGUUCCCCUCUAUAUACCUGUGGAUUGCCUUCCCUCUGUACUUCCUGUAUUUGAAGAGGAGCAACAGAGGCUACAUUAUGAUGUCGCUAUUAAACAGAGUUAAAACGGUUGUUGGCGUGAUCUUAUGGAUAGUAUGCUGGACAGAUCUUUUUUCCUCAUUCCAUGAGUUGCAGCAGGGCACCGUCCUCUCACCCCUAUUCUUUGUCACACCUCUGGUGGUGGGCAUCACUAUGCUGCUGGCCACAUUCCUGAUACAGUAUGAGCGCCUGCGAGGGGUCCAGUCAUCUGGGGUCCUGUUCGUGUUCUGGUUGCUGUCGGUCUUGUGCGCCAUUGUGCGUUUUCGCUCCAAGAUCCUCAAGGGUGGGAUAACGGACAAGCUGCGAUUCACCACAUUCUGCAUCUCUUUUGCUCUCAUUGUGAUAGAGCUUCUCCUGUCCUGUUUCAACGAGAAGGCCCCCCUUUUUUCUAGCGUCGACACUGAUCCUAACCCGUGUCCUGAGCCUUCUGCAGGAUUCCUCUCAACCAUAACCUUUUGGUGGUUCACAAGCAUGGCUAUUAAAGGCUACAAAAACCCUUUGGAGUCCAAAGACCUGUGGUCCCUGAACAAACGGGACACAUCAGAUGUCAUCGUGCCCAACUUACUGAAGGAAUGGGAGAGGGAAAAGGCCAAAGUUGAAAGGAACACUCAGGCCACGUAUUCCAAGUCACCAUCAGCGGCAGAGGCAAACCACGUCGAUGGAGCCCCAGAGGAGGCAGAAGUGCUGUUGUCAGAGCAGCCCAAGGCCAAGCAGCCCUCUUUCCUGCGUGCCCUGUUGCGGAGCUUUGGGCCCUACUUUCUCAUCGGUUCCGCCUACAAGCUACUGCAGGACCUCAUCACCUUUGUCAACCCCGUGCUGCUGAGAAUGCUGAUCUCCUUCACAAAGCAGAAGGGCGUCCCAACAUGGUGGGGGUUCGCACUCUCCUUCUUGAUGUUCUCUUGCGCUGUCCUGCAGACCCUCAUCCUUCACCAGCACUUUCAGUAUUGCUUUGUCACCGGGAUGAAUCUACGCACGGGCAUCACUGGUGCCAUCUAUCGAAAGUCUCUGGUCAUCACAAAUGCGGCCAAGCGGUCUUCAACCGUGGGGGAGAUUGUCAACCUGAUGUCUGUGGAUGCCCAGCGCUUCCAGGAUCUCACAACCUUCCUGAACAUGCUGUGGUCGGCCCCCCUGCAAAUCAUUCUGGCUCUCUACUUCCUUUGGCAGAAUUUAGGCCCCUCUGUUCUGGCUGGGGUGGCUGUGAUGGUGCUGCUGAUCCCCCUUAAUGCAGCCAUUGUCAUGAAGACCAGAGCAUUCCAGGUGGAGCAAAUGCAGUACAAAGACUCCCGCAUUAAGCUGAUGAACGAAAUUCUGAAUGGCAUCAAGGUGCUGAAGCUGUAUGCCUGGGAGAACUCCUUCAAAGACAAGGUUCUGGAAAUUCGUCAGAAAGAGCUCAACGUGCUACGCAAGAUGGCGUACCUGGGUGCCUUGUCUACUGUGGCCUGGACCAGUGCUCCAUUCUUGGUGGCCUUGACAUCGUUUGCUGUAUAUGUGAUGGUGGACGAAAACAAUGUUCUCGAUGCAGAGAAGGCCUUCGUUUCUCUGUCCCUGUUCAACAUCCUGCGGUUCCCCCUCAACAUGCUGCCUCAGGUCAUCAGCAGUGUUGCGCAGGCCAGUGUCUCUCUAAAACGUAUCCAGCAGUUCCUGAGUCACGAUGAGCUGGACCCCGACGUUGUAGACAGGAAAAACACAGCCGCGGAUUUUGCUGUGACUGUUACAAAUGGAAAAUUCUCUUGGGCAAAGAAAGAUCCUGCAACCCUUCACAACAUCAACCUGAUGGUCCCACAAGGCUCCCUGUUGGCUGUGGUGGGUCAUGUAGGCUGUGGGAAAUCCUCCCUGGUGUGUGCUCUCCUGGGAGAGAUGGAGAAGUUGGAGGGUGAGAUCUCCAUACUGGGCUCUGUGGCCUAUGUGCCCCAGCAAGCCUGGAUUCAGAAUGCCACGCUAAGGGACAACAUUCUGUUUGGCCAGCCGUACAAUGAGUGCAAGUACCGCGCUGUCCUGGAUGCUUGCGCACUCACCCCAGACCUGGAUGUGCUUCCGGGGGGUGACAUGACUGAAAUUGGGGAGAAGGGCAUCAACCUCUCUGGGGGCCAGCGGCAGCGUGUCAGCCUGGCACGAGCUCUGUAUAAUGACGCUGAUGUAUACCUGCUGGAUGACCCUCUAUCUGCUGUAGAUGCCCACGUGGCCAAACACAUCUUUGACAAAGUCAUUGGACCUGAGGGGAAACUUGCGGGCAAGACAAGGAUACUGGUGACACAUGGCAUCAGCUUCCUGCCCCAGGUCAAUAACAUCCUGGUGAUGGUGGAGGGCAGCGUCUCCGAGAUGGGCUCCUACCAAGACCUGCUGAAGCAGAAUGGAGCCUUUGCUGAAUUUCUUAGGAACUAUGCACUGGAAGAUAUCACUGAGGAAGAUGAAGCUCUAGUGGCUAUGAUCGAGGAGGAGGAGCCCUUCCCUGAGGACGCUCUGAGCAAUCACAUCGACAUGGUGGAUAACGAACCUUCAGUCAAUGAAGCAAGACGACAAUUCAUAAGGCAGAUCAGUGUUAUAUCUGCUGACUCUGAGAACCCCAGGAAGAUGUCAGUUCGGAUGCGGCGAUGCAGCGAGAGGAAGCAUGUUGAGCUGCCGCCAGAAAAGAAGCGGGAUCAGGGGGAGAAGCUCAUUCAGGCAGAGAAGGCUGAGACGGGCAGGGUGAAGCUUAAGGUGUUCUGGGAGUACACACGGGCAGUGGGGCCUCUACUUUCCAUCUUCAUCUGCUUCCUGUAUGGCUGCCAGAAUGCAGCAUCCAUUGGAGCCAACAUUUGGCUCAGCCAGUGGACCAACGAUGCCCUGGACAAUCGCACAGAGGAGAACAAACAUAUGAGGGUGGGGGUGUACGCAUCACUGGGCAUCUUGCAAGGUGUGCUACUUCUGUGCCUCUGUGUCCUCUCCCGGGCCUACAGCAUGCUGAGGGCGGCCCGCGUCAUCCACUACAACAUGCUCCACGCCACCCUGAAAGCCCCUCAGGCCUUUUUCCAGGCUACUCCCUCAGGGAGAAUCUUGAACCGCUUCAGCAAAGAUAUGGAUACAAUAGACUAUCACAUUCCUGAAAAUAUUGAAAUUUGGAUGCGCACUUUCUGGUACACAGUAAAUGUGCUGCUCAUAUGCUCUGCCCUCACCCCUAUCUUCCUCAUAGUCAUAGUGCCGUUAAUGAUGUUCUAUUGGUGGGUCCAGAGAUUUUAUGUGGCAACAUCCCGCCAACUAAAGCGCCUGGAGUCCGUCAGUAGGUCUCCUAUAUACUCUCACUUUUCCGAAACCAUCACGGGCACUAGUGUGAUCCGUGCAUUUGGGAGGCACAAUGCCUUCGUACUGCUAAGCGAUCUCAAAGUGGAUGAGAACCAAAAGAGUUGCUACCCUGGUAUUGUUUCCAACAGGUGGCUGGGGGUGCGCAUUGAGUUUAUCGGAAACUGCAUUGUGCUGUUUGCCGCCCUGUUUGCUGUCAUUGGGAAGGACAGUCUAAGCCCCGGGCUUGUAGGACUCUCCGUCUCGUAUGCGCUGCAGGUCACCAUGUCCUUGAACUGGAUGGUUCGGAUGACCUCUGACUUGGAGAGCAACAUUGUGGCUGUGGAGAGGGUGAAGGAGUAUUCAGAGACUGAGACUGAGGCACCCUGGGACGUGGAGGAUAAAAAGCCGCCUCCAGAAUGGCCCCAGACAGGGAAAGUGGAGUUCCUCAACUACAGUGUGAGGUACCGGGAAGGGCUGGACUUGGUGCUGAAGAACCUCACCCUCAGCAUUAAGGGUGGAGAGAAGAUUGGCAUCGUAGGAAGAACGGGGGCAGGGAAGUCAUCGAUGACCCUCUGCCUGUUUCGCUUGUUAGAAGCUGCCAGUGGAGAGAUAACUGUUGAUGGGGUGAAGAUCUCUGAAAUAGGACUGCAUGACCUUCGCUCCAAGCUCACCAUUAUUCCUCAGGAACCUGUGCUCUUCUCUGGAGACCUGCGCAUGAACCUCGACCCGUUUGAAAAAUACAGCGAUGAUGAAGUGUGGAGAGCCCUAGAACUGUCUCACUUAAAGAAGUUUGUGGCCAACCACCCUUCAAAACUCAACCUCGAAUGCACAGAAGGUGGAGAAAAUCUGAGCGUGGGCCAGAGGCAGCUUGUGUGUUUGGCUCGCGCCCUGCUGAGGAAGACCCGCAUCCUCAUCCUAGAUGAGGCCACAGCAGCUAUCGACCUGGAAACGGAUGAUCUGAUCCAGUCCACCAUCCGCACACAAUUUGAGGACUGCACAGUCUUCACAAUUGCUCACAGACUCAACACAAUCAUGGACUACACAAGAGUUCUUGUACUGGACAAGGGACGAAUAGCAGAAUUUGAUACACCAGCAAACCUUAUAGCUCAGAAAGGAAUAUUUUAUGGUAUGGCCAAAGAUGCAGGACUGGCAUCGUAGUGCGCUGUACUCUUUCCUAAUCCAAGUGUGCCUUUAUAGCAUAGAAAAACCAGUGAAUGUAUCAUUUUAUACUACGCAAGAAGCUACAGACCUUUUCCCCCAAUUGUGCCACUAUUUUUAAUAAGCACCAAGUUCAUGAGCUGAAUUUUUAAGUUACUUUUUAAAGUUCUUUAGGGAAGAUCACUGUUCAGAAAGUGUGAUUAAUUUGUGAACCAAAUCUGUAAAAAAACUUGAAUUUUUACCACCAAAAUCUGAAUGUUAAGUCUUUAUUAAAAAUUAAUG